AUGGCACAUCACGAGCCAUUCAAGGCCCUGGCGCCUAUUGACUGGGCUACCAUUCCACAUGACGACCUGACAGAAUUCCUCACCACAACCUUUGCCUCCGCGCAAACCCUUAUCGACUCCAUUCCGGUCCCACCGUCAACCAGCCCAACCGCAGCGAAGACAGGUCGUGCGCGCGCGCACACCGAGUCCGAGGUUCGCGCCAGCUCCUCCUCGCACGUCGAGCUCAACCGCGCCCUCGCCGGCCGCGAACACUCCAAUUCGAGCCCCUCGGCGGCAUGGGCGAGCAAGCUGGAGAAGGAGUGGAAGGAGAUCAAGAUGAACCCGAAGGAGAACCCCCUGAGCAUCUCGGUGUAUAAGCUCUCGGCCAAGGACGGCAAGGGCGCGUGGUUCGCGCGGCGCAGCAUCCACGACGGCUUCACCUUCGAGAAGUUCAAGCUCGGUCUGGAGCGGGAGUUCGCCGAGGCGCUGAAGAUCAACGAGGGGCCCGGGAGCGGGGCCGUCCGGGGAAUCGGCGCCGAGAAGAAGGCGGAGCAGGAGUCGUGUCCCGGCGUGGGCAAGAUUGAGGUCUAUCAGCUGAGCGCACAGUUUCCUGGGCCGACCACGCCAAGGGACUUUGUCACACUACUACUAAGCUCCGACGCUGGCGCUGGGGUCGUGGAGAAGGGCAAGACAGGUAAGCUGCCGAGGCAGUUCAUGGUGGUCUCUAAACCCUGCAAUCACCCGGACUGCGCGCCACGCUCGGGAUAUAUCAGAGGCCAGUAUGAGUCUGUCGAGAUCAUCAGAGAAAUACCAGUGGAGAAGCCGCUAAGAAGGACGCGCUCAUCCAUAAAUCUAAGCCGUGACGAAGUGAAGGUGAAGGAAGAUGGAAACGUGGAUAUCAGCAAGGAAGCCAUGCUGAGAUCAGCACGUAAAGCUGCCGAAGCAUCAGCGAAUGAAGAUGGUCACAAGAGGUCCAUAUCUCUCACCUCGUCAAUGACUAUGCCCAGCGAGUCUGGCGAAAAUGCUGAUGACACUGAGACAGCCAUUGAGUGGCUGAUGAUAACCCGUAGCGACCCUGGCGGAAGCGUUCCUCGAUUUAUGGUUGAGAAGGGCACCCCUGGCGGCAUAGUAAGCGAUGCUGGGCGGUUCUUGAAGUGGCUCUCGUCAAAAGACCCGCGGGACUUUGACGAGGCGGACGACAAUGACUUCAAAGAACAGGCUAUCAAGAGCGAGGAAACGCAGCCGGAUAAGGCUUCGAAACCCCUGUCUCAUGAGGAGCGAAGCUUAUCUACUUCAGCUUUGGACAAGGAAGACAUAACUUCCGCAGCCGAGGCGUCAGCUCCCAGUGGUUUCUAUGGUAUUUUGGCCAAUGCCCUCGGCGUGGCUGGUUCUAUGGUUGCCACUCGUCUACCAAUCUCAUUUUCUGGGUCUGCACGAGGCUCAGAGGUUGGUGGCAGCUCUGACAUCGACUCUUCAGACACAUCUUCUGAGCGCAGCUUUGUUUCCGCAGAAGGUCAGGAAAUGGAUGAGAAGCUCGAGACCACGCAGGCAACAGAGGCUGGAGGUGUAGAUGAUACCACCUCCGAGGUAGCAUCCAAACACUCGGGGCGAUCAGAUGAGUCACACGCUGUAUCGGCCACGGCUUCACAACACGAGAAGGAGCUUAAGAAACUACAAGAAAGGCGAAGGAAGAUCGAGGAGAAAAUGGCCAAGACUCAAGAACAAAAAAUGGCUAAAAAGGGCGAUGACAGCGAGGCUGCUGCUGCGAAAUUGCGGGAGAAACAUGAAAAGGAGCUUGCAAAACAGGAGGAGAGAUACCAGCGUGAGCUUAAGAAGCUAGAAGAGAAUAGGAAGAAGGAGGAGAAGAAAGCCGAAGAGCGUAGGAGAAAGCAGAUUGAGAGGGAAGAGAAGAAUAACAUUGGUAUGGAGUUAGAGCGUGUCAAGAUCGAGAGGGAUAUGGCGCUCAAGCAGAUCGACAUUCUGAAGGACCAGGUAGGAGAGCUACAGUCUCAGAACACGAUGCUAGUUGCAAAACUGGGGAAGCUUGGGGCGUUGGGCAAGGAAUGA